AGAUUUUGGAUUAUCUCAAGCAAACAAGACGUAAGCAACACCCUGUGAUAAGCGAUAACAGCAUCUAUAUAACUGAGGGCCACCACUUGCUGAUCAGCGAAAAUGAAGGUGCUUAUACUGAGUAUCCUGGCUCUGGGCUGCGCGGCGUCUCCUCGCCAGCAGCGGCGGUUCCCCGAUGACUUCGUGUUCGGAACUGCUACUGCCUCAUACCAGAUCGAGGGUGGCUGGGAUGCUGCAGACAAAUCAGAGAACAUCUGGGACCGUAUGACCCACACCCAGCCACACGUUAUCAAGGACCAAAGCAAUGGCGACAUCGCGGCUGACUCCUACCACAACUACAAACGAGACGUGGAGAUGAUGAGGGAAUUGGGCCUGGACGCCUACAGAUUCUCCCUAUCCUGGGCCAGGAUCCUGCCCAACGGCCUCGCCAACAAAGUCAGCGAAGAUGGCGUAGCUUUCUACAACAACUACAUCAACGAGAUGGUCAAAUACGGCAUUGAACCCAUGGUGACUCUAUACCAUUGGGAUCUUCCCCAAAAACUUCAGAAUUUGGGCGGUUUCAUCAACCCAAUGUUCCCGGAGUGGUUUGAGGAUUACGCCAGAGUUGUUUACGAGAAUUUCGGUGAUAGAGUCAAGCUGUGGAUCACUUUUAACGAGCCAAGAGAAAUCUGCUACCAGGGAUAUGCCGUAGAUACGAAAGCGCCUAUCCUGAAUAUUACAGACGUGGGUGCGUACUACUGUGCUAAGAACCUAGUUCUGGCCCAUGCUAGGGCCUACCAUCUCUAUGCUAACGAGUUCAAGCCAACUCAGAAAGGUGUGUGUGGUAUUACCAUUAGCUGCAACUGGUUUGGACCCUUGACUGACUCGGAUGAAGACUUUUAUGCUGCUGAAAUUAAGAGGCAGGGUGAGUGGGGACUAUACGCUGAACCCAUAUUCUCCGAAGACGGAGGCUUCCCGAAGGAGCUCUCCGAGAUCGUAGCGCGGAAGAGUGCUGAGCAGGGCUACCCGAGGUCCCGUAUGCCAACAUUCACUGAAGAGGAGAGGUUUCUAGCUCGUGGUGCUGCGGACUUCUUUGGAGUGAACCACUAUACAGCUUACCUGGUGUCAGCUAAUGAGUAUAAGGGAGAUUAUGCUGUACCGUCCGUGCUGGAUGACGUUGGUGUUGGCACUUUCGUUCCAGAGGAAUGGCCGCGUGCUACCUCGCUAUGGCUCACCAUGGCUCCUAACAGCAUCUACAACACCCUCACCCAUCUCCACAAUAAAUACAAUGGUCCGGUCUUCUACAUCACCGAAAACGGCUGGUCCACUCCUCCUGAUGGAAGUUUGGAUGAUACUGACAGGAUCACAUACUAUAGAGCAGCUCUCGAGAGUGUGCUGGACACUUUGGACGCUGGAGUCGACCUGAGAGGUUACAUGGCCUGGAGUCUGAUGGACAACUUCGAGUGGAUGGAGGGUUAUACAGAGCGCUUCGGGUUGUACCAGGUAGACUUUGAGAGUCCAGAAAGGACUCGCACGCCCAGGAAAUCCGCCUUCGUGUACAAGGAGGUGCUGAGGACCAGGGUGGUAGAUCACGAAUACGAACCUGACUCCAGGGUUAUGACCAUCGACGAGGGACACUUGAAAAUGAAGGUGCUUAUUCUGAGUAUCCUGGCUCUGGGCUGCGCGGCGUCUCCUCGCCAGCAGCGGCGAUUCCCCGAUGACUUCCUGUUCGGAACCGCCACUGCGUCUUACCAGAUCGAGGGUGGCUGGGAUGCCGCAGACAAAGGGGAAAACAUCUGGGACCGCAUGACCCACACCCUACCGCACGUCAUCAAGGACCAAAGCAACGGCGAUAUUGCUGCUGACUCCUACCACAACUACAAACGCGACGUGGAGAUGAUGAGGGAAUUGGGCCUGGACGCCUACAGAUUCUCCCUAUCCUGGGCCAGAAUCCUACCCAACGGCCUCGCCAACAAAGUCAGCGAAGAUGGCGUAGCUUUCUACAACAACUACAUCAACGAGAUGAUCAAAUACGGCAUCGAACCCAUGGUGACUCUAUACCAUUGGGAUCUUCCCCAAAAACUCCAGGAUCUAGGUGGCUUUAUCAACCCAAUGUUCCCGGAAUGGUUUGAGGAUUACGCCAGAGUUGUGUACGAGAAUUUCGGUGAUAGAGUCAAGCUGUGGAUCACUUUUAACGAGCCAAGAGAAAUCUGCUACGAGGGAUAUGCCGCAGAUACGAAAGCGCCUCUCCUGAAUGCCACAGACGUUGGAGUGUACUAUUGUGCUAAGAACCUAGUUCUGGCCCAUGCUAGGGCCUACCAUCUCUAUGCUAAUGAGUUCAAGCCAACCCAACAGGGUACGUGUGGUAUUACCAUUAGCUGCAACUGGUUUGGACCCUUGACUGAUUCGGAGGAAGACUUUUAUGCUGCUGAAAUUAAGAGGCAAUCUGAGUGGGGUCUAUACGCUGAGCCCAUAUUCUCCGAAGACGGAGGCUUCCCGAAGGAGCUCUCCGAGAUCGUAGCACGGAAGAGCGCUGAGCAGGGCUACCCGAAGUCCCGUAUGCCUGCGUUCACUGAAGAGGAGAGGCUUCUAGCUCGCGGGGCUGCUGACUUCUUUGGAGUGAACCAUUAUACAUCUUUACUGGUGUCAGCUAAUGAGUAUAAGGAAGAUUAUGCUGUACCGUCCAUGCUGGAUGACAUUGAUGUUGGCACUUUCGUCCCAGAGGAAUGGCCGCGUUCUGCCUCGCAAUGGCUGACCAUGGCUCCCAACAGCAUCUACAAUGCCUUCACUCAUCUCCACAAUAAAUACAACGGUCCGGUAUUCUACCUCACCGAGAAUGGCUGGUCCAGUCCCCCUGAAGCUGGGUUGGAAGAUGAUGACAGGAUAACAUACUAUAGAGCAGCUCUCGAGAGUGUGUUGGACACAUUGGACGCUGGAGUCGACCUGAGAGGUUACAUGGCCUGGAGUCUGAUGGACAACUUCGAGUGGAUGGAGGGUUAUACAGAGCGCUUCGGGUUGUACCAGGUAGACUUUGAGAGUCCAGAAAGGACUCGCACGCCCAGGAAAUCCGCCUUCGUGUACAAGGAGGUGCUGAGGACCAGGGUGGUAGAUCACGAAUACGAACCUGACUCCAGGGUUAUGACCCUCGACGAGGGACACUAG